GCAAUCGAUCAGGCAGGGGUUUGUGGUUUAAAAAGUCAAUAAGAGAAGUGAAAUCUAAAGGCACAAUGUAGAUUCGAGGCGAUGUCUUAAGUAGUUGAACAUGUUAUUACUCCAACCUUGUGAAAGUGACAAACUGACACGUUUUCAUUUUCGUCAUAAAACAACUUUAAGGAGUGCAUUUGAUUUUGACGACCUGCACAUGCGCACAGGCGCGAGACGACCGUUAGACUAUAUGGCGUUUUCUACGCAUGAGUUUAGCUAGCAAAGUCGCCAUGACAUCGCCUACGAGUGUGAUCGGGGAUUUCUAUUGGAGAAGCAGUUUUAGCCUUUCUUCAUACUGUACUGGUUUUGACCGCAGUGUGUUGUGACUGGACCGAGAAUAUGACACCUGUUGGCCAGGCAGACACAGACAGUUGGCAGCAAGUAGGCCUUAAUAGCAGUAGGCCUAAAUCGUCUGUACCUAUUAAAAAAGGUCGAACUUGCAAAAUGGCUAGACAUGACAAACUGUACACAUGGAUGCGGUAUUUGAUGUUGCUGCUUUGUGUGAUACUUGUUAUAAGUGGCUUUGUGCUGCUGGGGCUUGGCGCAUGGAUUAGAUAUGGAGCAGCUACGUUUGUGGAUGUCCUGGGCUCCUACUCGUCUCAGCUCAUCUACAUCAGCUACAUCUGUAUUGGUAUGGGCUCAGUGCUGUCUUUCACGGGUCUCAUCGGCUGCUGUGGGGCUUGGAAAGAGAACCGCUUCUUUAUCAUGCUGUUUUUCUUCAUCGUGACAAUGCUAUUUGUUGCUGAAAUCAUUGGGACUAUUUUUGUCUUGACGUACCGGAAUCUGGUUAGCUUAGUGGUACGUGAUGCAAGCAAGAAUUCCCUUAUGACUGCCUAUAUGGGCCCAGCGGCAACAGACCCAAUCUCAACAGCAUGGAACACAGUCAUGGUCAAGUUCAAAUGCUGUGGUUUUGAGAACUCGACUGUAGAUUUCAAGGGCUCUGUGUUCAGUACUACCACGGGUUUGAACUACCCUAAGACUUGCUGUGUGAACAAGACCCUUGCAGACUGUGACGGUAUCACCAUCACUCCAAGUCUGAUCCAACCACAGAGCUGCUUUGGUAAGGUCAUCACAGUGAUCAGAGAGCAGAGUGUCAUCCUGGGAUCAGCAGCUGGCUGCAUAUGUAUGAUGGAGUUAUCCUCCAUGAUCCUUGCCAUGGUUUUGUUUGUGAAGUUGGGGCUCAUGAGGCAUCCAUGGUGAAGCCAAAGGGUCCAUCCACACCUGGAGGACACCAACAACCCACACAGGCAACAAUAAAGUUCUGCUAAAUUAUAAAAGUUUGUGUGUUUUCCUUAGUUGAAAUUGUAUCUGUUAUUUUGGUUAUAUUAAAAGUUGAAUAUAUUAUUUUU